GUUGAUAGUUAAAACAACGUAAAUCUACGGAUAGGGAAGAGAGGGUUUAGGGUGUAUAGGUGGCUCUCAAAAGGAUUAAAAUCGGGUGGAUUAUGCAGCUGUUUUCCAUUGACACAGAUUUCGAAUAUGUAAUACGGAAACUAAAACGACAAAGGAUAUGCUUCGGUUCCGGACAACCACGCGAUACUUCUCGAAGUGGUAUGAGUCCCUUCAUGAGAUACUACACUGUGGAAGAUUACCCUAAUAUAGGACCUGGCUCUUACGACAUCUUAAAAUCUUUUAAUGCCAUCAAGACCAAGCCGUGCUCUCGUAGUAUCAGCAAAAGGGGUUACAGUGGCCUCGCUCGAUUCGCCAAACCUGUCGCUCACGUGGAAGAUUAUAUAUCGCCAUCCGAUUACGUUUCUGGCAUUUCUAAACAUGUUAAAACGCAGAAAUAUCCGUUUGCAUCUACCAGCAAGAGAAGGAUCUUCGAUAUCAAUAAAAAUCCAGGGCCUGGAACGUAUGUCAACAAGGAGAUAAAAGGUAUUACGUUUCAACAUAGUUUUGGUGGUAGAGUUAAAAUGCGACUUGGUGUUGAUUUCAAGUGUUGCAAUCGCAACACGGAUAUCUGCAAGAUAUGUGGCAAAUUACCAAUGGGAGAUUACUGGCAUCUGAAUAAUAAAAUCUUCUUAUGUAAAAUCUGCAUGACAAGAGAAGUUCAGGAACAAACAAAAUUUAAGAAGAAGAAACUUGAAUCGUUUCGUAAAAUAAGAACAUGUUCAAGUAUUCACAUUCAUGAAGGCACUGAUGCAAAGAUAUGGCUGAUCAAUCCUGCUGCGAUGAAACAAUGGACAAGAAAAGAAACAUAUCUCUCAGUUUACUCAAAAGAUUAAGACAGAUCAAAUUAUACGAUACUUUUUUAAUUUCAAAUAUACAGUUUUUUGUUCAAUACUAUUCUUCCGCCGUUCUCUUCUACUUUACAUGAAAAAAAAAUUCUUAUACGUGGAUUGGAUUUAUUUUAUUCUUAAUGUUUAUACAUUGCAUUUUUGUAAAUCUAUAUAUUUAGGCACUAUAUAUACACAAAGAUUAUAUAAAAAUAUGUGUACGAUAAUACGUGUAUAGUAAAUAUUUCAAAUAACAUAUAUAGCAGUUUAAAUAUCCGGGAUAGUAAAACUCUUGACACAUCAAUAUUUAUCUUACAUUAUUAUUACGUAUACAACGGUCAUCAGUCAGUAGAAGUUCUGAGUUACUUCGGAAUAAGAUUAUAUUUACUUCUAAAAAAGUAUGUAUGAUAAAUAAAAUUUAAAUUAAGUUAAA